CUUUAUUUAUUGUGAGCUGCCGCUGAAGGAGAGUUGGGGACGCUUAACGGUAUUACCAGCCGUGAAAGAUCACUGAUCGUGUGUAUCGUUGUCAGGAUUCUCAGGAUAUAAGAACGAUAAACAUCAUGUUAUGCUACAGGCGUCUUUGAUCGUUUUCCAUCAUAUUAUUAUAAGAGAACCAUGAGCACUGUGGAGGAGGAGCCGACCACAUGAUACCAUGAAGAGAAGCCUGCAGGUCCUGCCCCACCAGCUGCUGAGUGUUCUGCUGAUUCUGUCUGUGCCAGUUGGGCUGGUGUUCUCCACAGAGGAGCUUCAACCCAGCCAAACCCCUCGGGAUUUUGUGUCGAUGUCAACAAGCAGCAGAACUCUCGCCACCCUCUCAGCGGGACCCUUGAGCUGGCAGGAGGGUUCCAGGACUGGGGAUCUGCACAUCCAGUCAAUGGCCUCCCUAGAAGCCAACAGUAGACCCACGGCUGUACACUCAUUCCAGACACCGAAGAACACUGUACCAUCUGCCAUAAUUCAAACAUCAACAGUAGGGGUGCAUGCUUUUGGUUCCAGGGAUCAGGCAAUACCUAAUGUCCCUCUUCCAGAAUCAGAUGCACACCAACUGACCUCUAGAAGUAUGGUCAAUAGAACAAGCUCUGGGUUUUUCACCACUAAAACCCAAGACCAGAACUUUAGCACUAAUACAGACAAGCCGAGUACAAUCAGUAGAAAGCCGGUGAACCAAGCCACAAAUUCUGGCUCUGGUCAUUAUUUUUUCUCAGGAACUGAAAGUGAUGUGGCCCCUGGAGCCGAGGACCUUUCAGGGGUCACAGACAAUGGAGAGAUGAAAGUGAAGGAACCCAUUCAACAUCCACCAUCACCUUCUUUGUCUUCAAACUUCAAAACCCACAGAGGGCAGGAUAAGGAGGCUUUGCACCACACCAUUACAUUGCGUGACGUGUCUUUGAGGGAGAAUCCCACUCUCCCAUUGGAAACGGUGGGAAGAGCUUUGGCACAAACUGGCAUCCAGUCCCCUCCUUCAGCUCUGCCCUUGCCUUCUAACCAUGUUACAACAUCCAGUCCCACUUCUUCAGCAGAGAGCGGGAACGUUGUGAAAAUCCAAGAUGAUAGAACCAUGAAUAUAACUUACGUCACAAAUUUUACCAACAGCACUGACGCCUCAUGGCCUGUGAAUGAUUCGAACAUCUCAGAGGCACCCUCCACAGCUAGCGGGAGCUUCAUGAACAGGCAGGUCCCAGCCACCACGCAAGGCCCAUGGGGGUCUGGGAACCAGUCGGGUCCAGCUCUGGGUCCUCCUCACGAAAAAAACACCAUCUGCCUGGACAAAAUGGACAUUGUGUGGUUGGUUCUUGCCAUUAGCGUGCCUGUCUCCUCAUGCUCUGUGCUGCUUACCGUAUGCUGUAUGAGGAAAAAGAAGAAGUCUGCAACUCAGGAGAACAACUUGAGCUACUGGAAUGAUGCCAUCACCAUGGAUUACUUCACCCGCCAUGCUGUGGAGCUCCCACGCGAGAUACAAUCACUGGAGACUGAGGAACAAGAGACGUGUCUGCCCCCUAAUGGUGACUACAGUGAUAGCGGCGUGGUUCUGGUUAACCCCUUUUGCCAAGAGACUCUCUUUAUCAACAGAGACAAGGCAUCUGAUAUCUAAACACACUAUAUUAGAAGAAGGAAGAUUUUCCAGUCUCUUUUGUUUGCUCGCAUUUUUAAGAAUAUAUAUAUAUAUAUAUAUAGAAUAUAAAUAAAUAUACUGUAUAUACAUAUAUGUGGUGAAUCUUCAGAGACUGCGGUUUAUAUAUGAAACUGGUUUCAAGGAGCUGAAAGAAUAUUACAAAACAGAACAAAUGCUAUUUACUAUGAGGGGGAGCCCCUGCAUAUUUUUCUGAUGUGGAUUUUCUACAGACGCUUCAUUGUGAUAAGGGUUUUUAUGUCUUUUUUGAAUAAAAACAAUAAGUGUGGUUGCUCUUAUGUUCCAGUGGCUUUGGUGGUGCAGAGUGCUGAGAAACAUGACACGUGGUGUAAGGAUGCUUGUGUGACGUUACCCAAAACACUUAAUAUGAUUACUUAAAAAAGCCUGCCGCACUUGAAUUCUGUAUGUAAGGGGAUGCAGGGGUAAAGGGCAUUGAUUCUGGAACGCUUCUGGAAUGGGUCCAGUGGGUACUGCAGCAACCCUCGCUUCCCUCGUGGAGGAACUUGAGUUGAUUGCCUGUUUGCAUUUGAUGGAGGAUGAAUCAUGACUUUCCGAGGUGGUUUGUCCCCAGUCACCAGCCAAAAGACAAAAAAACGACAAUUAUCCCAUUCCUUAGAUGUUUGAGAUGUUUUCGUGUGCGUAUAUGUCUUGUUGCAUGCAUCUUUUCUGAUUUGAGGUGUAUGUGUGUCUUAGAUGUCAAACAGGAUUUGGUUUCUAUCAAGAUUUCGUUGUUAAAAGCACCCUAAAAUUCCAUUUGCGUUGACACAGUUGCACAAGCAAGUAGAAAAAAACGCUUAAAUGCCAAUGAAAUGCCUCAUACAAAGCCCUUUGUAUGGUAAUGUUACUGUGCUCCACAUUUCACAUCAUAUAUGUUCAUGCUGUACGUGUUUGUGUUCAACUUUCAUAAGCAGGGCUAAGCAUUAUACUGUAUAACUGUAGUGGAAAUGCAUUCAGUUUUUUUUUUUUUUAUUAAACCUCUAUAUUUGUUUAUUCGCUAUGACAUGCUCUGAUGAAAAUGGCACUAUUAUUGCUUAACAGGUUGGCUAAAUCUAUAUAUAUUUUGUUAGAAGACAUGUUUUUCUUAGUGAAGGGUGAAUGAGUGUGCUUGUGGUUCUGUCUGUCUAUCUCUGUCCCUUGUGUGAACAUUGACGAGAAUAAAUGAGACCAAAAUGAAUUUCUCUUUGAUUCUCAAGUGCUUACUGCUGUACUGUACAGUUUUUUAGAUGAAUGUCAAUGAUAUCACUGGAUGUAAUAGAGUGUAAUUGUUAGAUAUGAAUACAUACAGAGAACCUGUUUUAUUUUGUACUUUCUUUAAACACAUGCCACCGAGGUUGGUAACAUGUUUUAAAACCAUAUCAUCAUCUUUUCUUUACAUAUCCCUUUUUUUUCUGUAUGCUUAGCAGAUUUUAUAUAAAUAUUGUUUUAAAUGAAUUUGUAGAUCGAUGUUUUCCUUUACUUCUGUUUUUCAUCGUCUCCGUCCAUUUAUUUUGUGCCGGCAUGGGUUUUAGAUAUGUAAGGAGAGGGAGUUAAUUGCUCAGCUGACAGAAAAAAAUCGUUCUUGCAUAUUAUGAAUCAUGUCUUAUAUUUUGUAGCACAUAAACUGU